AUGAACCUGCUUCUUCCUUCAUUUGAAACUGACCAAGAGGAAAAUUAUGUCGAACACAAGACCACGGAAAAUGGAGGCAUUGGUGGUGGCCGUCUCUGGAAGUUCAAAGGCAACAAUGAGGCCAAGGAAGCGGCGAGUGUCUCAAUGAAAGGUACCCUUGCUAGGACUUCCAUUGAAGCAGAAGACGCCGCCAACUCCUACGCUCCCGGGGUCGGUAUUUUACCGGCCAGGAGGUAA